CAGAAUUCUGAGGCUUAAGUGAACUUCUCAUUUGGACUUUGAGCUAGUAAGGUGCACCGCUUUCAUUCAACAGUGUAAUAAAUUUUAAACAUUGUCCAAUUUAUUGAUUUAAAAAAUACUUCAUUAUUAGAUCGCUAUCAAAUAUGGCUGACAUCAGCCAAAUAAUUCUCCUCACACUGUUGGUGACGUCGGUUUACUGCAACUGCCCGCAAAUCGUCAGCACCGGCGGCAGGCAUGAUGAAUGCAGAUUUCGUAUCCAUUGCAUUGGAAGCAUCCGGGGCGUUCCGCUCCCGACCAAAUGUCAGGCCUCCUCCAACUAUCCAGUCAAUGUUGAAUUAAUCCUCACCGAAGCUACACAAAGAUUUGACGAACGUAUAGACGACACCGAGUUUUUAGUUACAAUCACGACAUUCAGAGCUCAAGGCAUCUGGCCUGAUACCAACCUCGACAUCUUACAGUACAUGCCGCGACUACAAAAUUUGUCUUUAAUAGGCAACCAUAUUAAACACAUUCGACACAACCCAUUUUAUAACUUGAAUCGCUUAGAAAAUUUAGAUUUGUCACACAAUAAACUGAGUGAUGUCAAAGAUUUGUUAAAAUUUGAAGCACUUCCUAACAAAUUGAAAAAACUUAAUCUUGCCGUAAAUCUUAUUAAACAACUUUCCGGUGAUGAGUUUGAAGAGUUGACUACUUUAGUUGAGUUAGAUCUUUCUUACAAUCAUAUUUCAAGAUUAGAUGAUGAACUGUUAGCAAAUCUGACUAGUUUAGAAAUAUUAAAAUUGAAUAACAACAAAAUAUUUGAUUUGAAUGGAGCUCUGAAUAAUUUGUGGAAUCUUAAACAUCUAUUUAUUGGAAAUAAUCAAAUACAAAAUAUAAAUGAUGAAUCUUUAAAAAUUAUUUAUCAUUUAGAGACCUUUGACGUGUCAACAAAUCAAUUACAAAAUUUAACGUCAGGCGUGUUUUCGAGACACUGGGAACAUUUUGCGGGCCACUCAAUAUGCAAAAUUAAACUCUCCAAAAAUCUUAUAGUCGCUGUACCAAAUGCAACAUUUGAAGAAUUUCCUACGCGAACUGUUAGAUCUUUUAGUAAGAAUAGUAUUGACGUCCUUACUGAAUUGGACUUGUCACAGAAUUCAAUAACUGACAUCAAAUACAACGCGUUCAGUUCCCUUGUUCAUAUGACGGCACUUGAUUUAUCCUGUAAUAAAUUAACAAAUUUUGUUGUCAACGCCAAUGAUUUGGAGUAUGUGAAAUAUUUAAAUCUCAGUGCAAAUUAUUUGUCGCAGUUGUACUUCGAAAGUUUCACAUCUAUGAACAAUCUUUACAAUUUAGACCUUUCGUACAAUCAAUUGGAUUUCAUACCAGAGUUUAGCAAUUUUACAGAUAAUUUAAGUUUGAAAUAUGUUAACAUGACAAAUAAUAAUAUAACUAUUUUGAAACAUAUUCAUAUAAAGAUCUUCCAUCCGGAUGGUGGCGUUUUAGAUUUGUCAAAUAAUUCACUUUCAAGACUGACAAUUCCUUUAGGAGAAGGUUUACAUUUGAGGAAGUUGUGUUUGAGUUCUAACGGUAUUUCUGAGGCUAUGUUCAUUAAUUUGAUACAUCAGAAUGAGUUAGUAUAUUUAGACAUGAGCAAAAAUUACAUUGAAUUAUUAAACUCUUCAUCUCUACGGCUGCCAGUCACAGUAUCUUAUUUAGACCUUAGUUCUAAUUUGAUACAAGAAAUUGAACCAGCAGCGUUUCAUAGAGUCGGUCAUUUGGAAACAUUGCGUCUAUCACAUAAUAAUUUGUCUAAUAUAGAUUAUGGCGUAUUUCAAGGACUAUUGGCUCUGAAAUAUUUAGAUUUGUCUUUCAAUAAUAUAUUGAAUUUAAAUUCAAAAGUCUUGUCUGAUCUUCAGUCGUUGCAAUUCCUUUCUGUUAGGUCGAACGGGAUGCUCCAUAUGGACUAUAAAGGUUGGCUUGGGCAUAAGUACUCUUUGAGAGUUUACGUAGACGGGAAUCAUUUUUCUUGUGAGUGGUUGAGCACGGCGUUGAGUGAUUACAACAAUCGUUAUUCCAGAAUGAGACCUUGUGUUUUAGUUGAAGCAACGACUGAGCAUUCGGUUGAGGGUAUCCCUUGCGUACAAAAAAGUAAAGAGGUUGAAGAGUUAAGGUUGAAUUCCAAUCCUGUGAUGACUGACCAAGACCGUUUGUUAUCUGUGAAUCUACAAAUUUUGGACGCAAUAAAAGAUCAGACAUACUUCAUAAAGAAGUUUAUGUGGCGCGCUCAAUCCGAGCGAAAAUAGUUUAUUAUUUUUUAAUUAAUAAUUAAUUUUUGUAUUUGUACCCAACCGGUCGUCCUAUUGUCGUUAUGCCAGGAAUAAAAUAGCUUAUAUUUUAUGUAGCUUCAAUUAUGCGUGUAGGUAUAUGUGUCGUUGUCAUUUCCCCUUCGGCCGUCUACAGAAUCGGAAUUCCGGAACUGGUUCCGUACAAGGCUUUUAAAUUACUUCAACUAUAACAAUUUUCCUUGAAAAGUAUUCUGCUAUUUUUACAGCCUCAUCGGAAAAACAAAAUCCUUUCGGCCAUGUAUUUUGAAAUCGGUUACAAAAGAAGAAAAUUUUCGCUUUUCUCGUAACCAGUUACUAUAUUUCAAUGGGCUUAGUUUUUUUUUAAUAGUUGUAGUUAAUACCUAAUUUUUUUAAGUCUAUUAUUGAAACAAUUAUAUUUUAUUAUCACACUAUGUCAGUUUUUUACACUUUGCUAUAUAUUUUAAAAAUAAUAUUAUUGCUUUCCGAUUUCUGAGAAACAAUUAUUACAUAAUAAUUGUCUCAAAAUAUAAACUUACAUUUUUCUUUAUAUAUAAUCAUAUAAAUACGUAUCCCAGUGUUCACAAAAUUAGAAAAACUUGAUUGUUGUUUGUAUUUUAAUUUUUU